AACAAAUCUAAGAGUGAGAUUUAUUUAAAAAAUAAAAAAUGGGGAGACAACUUAGAAAUAUUUUGACAGUUUUUCUUCUUGUCAAUGUAGUUCUUACUGCAACCGCACAAACUGAAAUUCCAGCAAACAAAGCGGAAAUUAAUACUUGGUUUGAAAAUGUAGUCAAACCAGUAAGCCAACAAGAAGGGAAAUUAGAACAAAAUUUAGUCGAAGCAGAAAGUGAUGGAGUAGAAAUUAUUGAAGUAAGACAAGAUGGGACAGGAAAAUUUAAGACUAUAUCAGAUGCUGUCAAGCACGUCAAAAUAGGAAACACUAAACGUGUAAUAAUAAAAAUUGGACCGGGUGAAUAUAGGGAAAAGGUGAAAGUCGAUAGAUUUAAGGCAUAUGUGACAUUUUAUGGGACAGAUCCUGAGAACAGGCCAACUAUAACAUUUUCCGGAACAGCUACUGAAUAUGGGACGGUAGACAGUGCAACCUUGAUUGUAAUGUCUGAUUACUUUGUUGCUAAAAAUAUAAUUGUUUCGAAUUCUGCUCCAAGGCCAGAUGGCAAGCGCAAGGGACAACAAGCUGUUGCAUUGAGAAUAACUGGUGAUAAAGCAGCAUUUUAUAAUUGUAAAUUUGUAGGAUUCCAAGACACUGUUUGUGAUGACAAAGGAAAACAUUUCUUCAAGGAUUGCUAUAUUGAAGGAACAGUUGAUUUUAUAUUUGGCGAAGCCAAAACUCUAUAUUUGAAUACUGAGCUCCAUGUUCUUUCGGGAGAUCUUGAAGCGUUUAUUGUUGCUCACGCAAGGAAAAAUCCAAGUGUGGAUGCUGGAUACUCCUUUGUCCAUUGUCCGGUGACUGGAACAGGUGGUCAUGGAUACUUAGGAAGACCAUGGUAUGGAGAAUCAAUUACUGUAUUCUCUUAUUGUGACAUAAGUGAUGUCAUCAGACCCGAGGGUUGGAAUAACCAUUACAAUCCAGAAUCACAAAAGGUUAUAUACUUUGGUGAGUACAAAAACAAAGGUCCCGGUGCAGUGCUUACUAAAAGGGUUCCAUACACCAAAAUAUUGACAGAAGUAGAGGCCAAACCAUUCAUUAAUUUAGAAUAUAUUGAUGCAGAAAAAUGGUUACUUCCACCUCCCAAGUUGUGAAGUCUACUAAACUAGUAGUAAAUGUUAGGGAUACACUUUUUUGUAGUAAGGAUGCUCGAGAAAUCCAUACACCAUAUUAAGUAAUGACGUGUUACACACAAAUAUAAUUAUAUGUUGUGAUACAAAUGAGUUGGUACAAUAUAUAGUACUGAACUAUUUGGUAUAGAUUUCCGCCUCUAGAUUUUUCUUUCAAUAAUAACAUUUUGUGAAGAUUUAAAUUGUAUAGGUAUACUAUUUAUACAAAAAUAUAUUGUAUAAUUAACAUGGGGAUAAAAAAUUAUGCUAUCAUUUUGUA